AUGGCUGCCCGCGGAGAUGUGAGGUUCGAACUAUUCGAGGCGGAAGAUGAAAGGGAGACCUUGGACUUUGAUAUACUGGACAAGAUCAUCAAGCAGCUGGAGUACUACUUCGGCGACAAGAACUUGUCUCGCGAUAAGUUUCUUCAAAGGAAGCUCGAGUCAGGAAACGGUUGGGUAGAAAUUGACGUGCUGCUGACAUUCAACAAGCUCAGGAGCCUCACUUAUAAGAAAUGGACGGUUUCCGCGGCUUUCUAUUGGAAGGGCAGCCAGCUUUUGGAAAUAAGCAGAGACGAAACAAAGGUGCGUCGCAAGCCCGCCCAUCCGUGGCCAAGAAGGAGCAGGACAGAGCUGGACGAGCUGACCGUCUUCGUCAAGGGCUUCCCGCUGAACACAUGCACGGACGAGCUGGACAAAUUUUUCGGACAGUUCGGUCAGUCCGUCGACGUCUUCAUGAUGUGCCAUAACAAGACUCGUAAGUUCAAAGGCUCUGUGUUCGCAACCUUCGCGACGAAAGAUGAAGUUAAUGCGUUUCUCAGCAGGGAGAGCGUAAAAUUUAACGAGCUGGAGCUGACGCGGGCCAUCAAGCAAACGCGGCACGCCAUUCGGGUCAAGAAAGAUGCCGAGUACGAAGCACUAGCUGAACCCGCCGAGGAGCUCAAGGUCGUGCCCGGCUGUUUGCUGCGCGUCACAGGACUUGAUAAGGUCACCACGUGGAAAAGCCUGAAGGAAGCGCUCGAGCCGUACGCCAAGGUAGCUUUCGUCGAUUACUGCGAGAGCAAAGGCGAAGCCGUGCUUCGUUUCAUCGAAGAAGGCGCUGCUCAUGCCGUACUGACCAAGCUUGAGCAGCACGGCAAAGGCUUGCAUAUCGACGGCAACCGCGUAAUCGUCGAGGCCCUUGAAGCAGGCGAGGAGGUUGAGUACUGGAAGAAGCUAGCCGCCAUAAAGCGAAAGCUGAGAAACCGUCGGGGCCGGCACAACAGUAGGAGCGUCCAGCGCGGCAAGAAACGCAGAAGCGAAGAAAGAAGCAUCUCGCCGGAUAACAUGAUGGAGUGACUGGUAAUAAAGAGUACUUGUUCCAAACCUCGUCCAUUCGUAUUUCUGAUAAUUUUGCCACGCU